CGCGCGGGGCGGGUGUUGUCAUUAUAUUUUCACGUGACAAAAGUAAGUUUUCGUGGGAUAUUCGACAACGAAUCGCGUGAAAAUGCCGCCGAAAAAGCGGGAGAAAGAAUUGGAAGGACAGAAGGGUCCCCGAAUGGAUCAGAUACAAGCAGAUCACGAGCUAUUUCUACAAGCCUUCGAAAAACCUACCCAGAUUUAUCGAUUUCUACGCACAAGAAACCAAAUCUCCCCAAUAUUUCUGUAUAGAAAUUUAACUUACAUGAGGCAACGUAUGUCUAGAAGUCAUAAGGCUCGACGAGGAUUUAAAAUUGACACGAUGUUGGAAAAGUUAAUGUCAAAGAAGAAUCAAGAGGAUAAUCCAGGUGUCCGUGGAUAUAUGACUCUUACUUUUCUGGGUUUCUAUGACAAGAAAGCUGAUGUACCCCAAGAUCCUGUAAAGGUAGAAACAUUAUUAUUGAAAAUUUGCCAUAAGAAGCGGAAGGAUGUGAGUUCACCAAUUAUGCAGGUUUCUGUCGGUACGAGCGAAGUUCCAAUAAAUCCAUGCGAGAAUCAACCUCCGCCAAAAGCACCUACUAUAUCCAUACCCAAUGAAUCUUUUAGCUUGAACAAUGGUCACGUAGCAAAGACUUACAUGCUUUUACUUAGAGUUUAUUGUACAUCCAGUACUGGCUGCCUUAUGCAUAGUUGUGAUUUAGACGAACCAGCACAAAAACGUCGUAAAUCCUCCACAGGCUCGAUUAAAACUGGAGGAGAAGAAGUAAAAUUGUACGGUUCUGAACUCAUAGUGUACGAUAAACAUAAUCGAUGUUUGUUGACAGACGGCGAUUAUGAAUUAGGUUUGCAGGAAGUACAAACCAAUGUACGAUCUAGCCCAAAGAAGCACAGCUCUUGGGAGUCUGUACCUGAUAUCAAGGAGUGUGGUCCUUUCGAAGUAUUUAGCAAGGGACCAACAUUGAAAUUUAGACUUAAUUGGACCACCGAACCGAGCAACGGUUUGGUGGAUAGGCCAGCUCCGAUACAUCCAGUACCAAAUGGCGAUAACAAAGAAAACAGAUCGGGAAACACUGCUCUAGAACGUUCUUCCACAAAUAACAAUAACAAUAAUAUUAAUCAUAACAAUAAUAAUAGUAAUCAUAAUAAUAACAAUACUACACUGCCAACAGCUAGUCCUCUUAAUCCUUCGAGAAUGGUAACAUCUAAUGAAAAAACAGAUAAUUCGAUGAGUACACAGCAAAUAGUUUAUCAAUUUUUGUAUAAUAAUAAUAGUCGUCAGCAAACAGAAGCCUGCGAAGAUUUGCAUUGUCCAUGGUGCUCGUUAGAUUGCGGGAAACUCUAUUCCCUUUUGAAGCACUUAAAAUUGUGUCAUUCGCGAUUUACAUUCACAUACGUGCCGAUACCACAAGGUGCUCGUAUAGAUGUAGCAAUAAAUGAAUGCUAUGAUGGUUCAUACGCAGGUAGUCCUCACGAAUUGAUAUCGCAACCUUCAAACGUAGCUUUCUCGAGAACAGGACCAACGAGACGCACAAGUGUAACGAAUAUAUUAGUAUGUCGUCCGAAGAGGACAAAACCGAGUCUUUCUGAGUUUCUGGAACUCGAUGAAAAUGAAUAUGAAAACCAAAGACCGUACAUUACAGGACACAAUAGGUUGUAUCAUCAUACUGUGACGUGUUUACCCAUAUAUCCGAAAGAAAUGGAUAUUGAUUCUGAAGGAGAAAACGAUCCGAAAUGGUUGCAAACAAAAACUAUGAUGAUGAUCGAUGACUUCACGGACGUGAACGAGGGGGAGAAAGAACUGAUGAAAAUGUGGAAUUUACACGUGAUGAAACACGGUUACGUGGGAGACUGCCAAAUACCACUAGCUUGCCAAAUGUUUUUAGAAACUAAAGGGAAGGAAUUGCUCAUGAAAAAUUUGUAUCGUAAUUUCGUUCUGCAUAUGUGUAGUUUGUUUGAUUUCGGUCUAAUUAGCCCUGUGAUUUUAUAUCAAACGAUUCAGAAGUUACAAGAGAUUAUGAAAGAAGGUGGUGAAAACAGUGAUAUUCGAAAGGUUUUACAGAAAUCACACGAGGCUCAGGUUGAUAAAUGGAUUAGUUCCGGUUGUCAUGCGUCUACGGAUGUUACUAAACACAGUGGUGCAAGUACUAAAGUAAAUUUCAAUAACGACGGGGGAAGUUCUAAUGCGAGGCGAAAAACAUCAUUACCGCUUGGCUCUCCGAAUUCGCAAAAUGUAAAAACGACGGUGUCUAUCCACAACAAUGUUAGUAAACAUGCUAGCAUGAUAACCACGUCGUCGAACAAGUCGGUAAAUCAUAAUACAAUUCAAAGCUCUGUUAAUAAAAAUACCGGGUCAUUCACUUCGGUGCAAAGCAACGCAAAUAAAACUGCUUCCACGGUGUGCGUGACGAGUACUGUAAACAGCAAAACGCCAUCGAACGUCUCGAUGUCCAAUGGGACGUCCAAUCAGAAUGAGACGGGACAAAGGCAAAACAAUGAUUUGCCCACACGGCGUAAAAGUACAAACUCGAUAAUUCAAACUUUAGAGAAUACAACGCCUUUACGCCGAAAAUCGAUGGCUAGUGAAAGUGCGACCACCGAAUAUCAUAGAAGGAAAUUGGUUUUGGAUUCAAUACCUAAUAGUGGUUCUGUUCUCCAAAAACCACCCCAAAAUGGAAAUAGUUAUUAG